UGAAUCUAAAAAGAAAUGAAGAAAUUCACAGAAUAUUUGAUAUUUGCACUGAUUUUAAUUAUUUUUGCGUGCUUCAUAGACCUUAUUGACACAGCGGAGACUUGUGGGAGUCUCCUAGGGACUCAGUUGUACUGUCCGUCGGGGUAUCAUUGUUGUGACAAGACAGCGUCCACAUGCUGUGCUUACGGCUACAUCUGCGGGGGGACGGUCUGCAUAAGUAUAGCAGCAAUCAUCGUUCCCUGCAUCAUCGUUGUAGUUAUCAUUGUCGUGAUCAUCGUUAUCAUUGUUAAGAAGAAUAAGGCACACCAAGGAGUCGUUGUCAGCCCAGGUUAUCCUCAAUCGUCCGGUUAUCCUCAGCCAGGUCAACAUCCGUCGCAUGGUCAGAUCAAUCCAGCUGGACAAUAUCCUCCCCCGCCGCCUGGAAAAUAGCCUCAUGAAAUCACAAUGAAAUAAUUUGUUUUACUACGUAGUUUUACUUGCUUGCUAAUUCAGUGAUUAUGUAAGCAGCACUAUUGAUUGACAAAACUCAAUUUUCUGAUAAAAUGAUUGCUUAAAUAGCCACCCUUUUGUAUUUCAAAAAAAUGUGUAAAACUGUUUUCCACCUGACAGUUGUUUCUACAAGCUGUAAUGCAUUAAGUUGGUGUGGUUAUUACGUUGACAAAAUAGAUAAACAAU